AUGCCCGGCCCAUCGCCAGCUACCACCGUCGUCCGAUACUCUGCCCUCAUCGGAGGUGUCCUCUACGGUCUCGUCCACGCCGGAACUGUCCAGUCAAAAUAUGAGGAUGACCAGGCCAAGGCGCAAAUAGCUCGCCGGUCACACUUGGUGGAUGAGGCCAAGAAGGCGUACGCACAAAAGCUGGUGGCCGACAAGGCAGGGAACGCUACUCAAUUGAUAACCAACAUCGACGACCCCAAGUUCGACCUCGAGAAGAUCAUCGAGGCAUAUACCAAGACCCCAUAG